AUGACCACCGAAACAUUUCUUGCUGCCUUACGACUCUUUUUUGCCCAACGAGGUUACAGUUCUAGCAUCUAUAGUGACUGUGCAUCGACGUUUGCUGGUGCAAACGCAGUUCUGAAGGCAGAUUUUGCUGCCUAUCGAAAACAGCUAGAAGAAGGGGCACGCUCCGUCUCUUGCCACGGUGUCUCGUGGCACUUCAUCCCUCCAGGCUCUUCAAACUUUGGUGGCAUGUGGGAGGCUGGUGUCAAGAGCAUGAAGCACCAUCUAAGGCGAACCAUCGGAGAUGCAACUCUGACUUUCGAGGAGUUUUAUACCGUUCUCAAGCAAAUUGAAGCGGUACUUAAUUCGAGGCCUCUUUCAGCCCUCUCUGAUGAUCCCGAUGACCUAACUGCUUUGACUCCGGGGCAUUUCUUGGUGGGGGGUCCCAUCACUGCUACUCCGGAACCAGACCUAAUCGAAGUCAAAACAGUGGGCGACCUAGUGUUAGUCCGAGAUGAACGACUACCACCCACUCAAUGGCCACUUGGCCGUGUCUUAGAGGUACAUACUGGUGAAGACAAUCUUGUACGGGUUGCUACGAUUCGUACACAGUCAUCAAUAUAUAAACGGGCUAUCUCCAAGUUGGUUGUGCUUCCAAUUGACAACAGCCCUAUUGAUGAACACGGUGGGCGGCCAGAUGUUUCGUCACAAUAA